UAUGAUAAAAUAUGUAUUUAUUAUGUUAGUAAAAAAUUAUGGUCAAAGUAGAUAUGUGAAUAGUGAAAAAAGUUAAUCACAAUUGGGGGCUUGCCCUUCGGCUUCACAAAAAAAAAAAAAAAAAAAAAAACCCUUAGAGAAUAAAACAUUAAAUAACCCUCUUUUGGAUGCUAAUUUAGUUAGGUUCAACAAUAUUACGCAUAAUAUACAUCAUUGCCAAUUUGUUACUAAUCUUUAUCAUUGAUUUUUUUCUUAGUUGAGCAUAAGAACUUGACCUUCAUCUAACUCCACCAAUGAAAUAAAUUUCAAAUUUCUCCAUGAGUCCAUAUUCCAUAGUGAGUUUGGCACCGAAAUAUUAGGGGAAGAAGAAAAUAAACCUCCAAAAUAGAAAUAAUUGAUUUAGGGGAAAAGCCGAAACGGGCAUGAACACCAAAUAUACCCCAUGCAUAAAUCUUUUUUUUUUUUUUAUAUUUUUUUUUGUAAUUUUAGAAAAAAUAUAUUUUUAUUUAAUUUACAAAAAUCACCAAAUCCUUCAUCAACAAUAAUAAAAAAAAAAAAAAAAUCACCAAAUCCUUUUUGACUUUUGACUCUAAUGCAUCGUCACAAUUUAAAAAUCAAAAUCUUUACAACCUUCUAUUUUCCCCAUAAAACAAUCUCAAUUUCCAAUUCAAAAAAAGAGCAAACAUUUUCAUUUUAUUAUUCUUUUUUCUUCCAUUAUUUAAAUUGAAAAUAAAACCAAUAAUAAAAAAAUAUAAAAAUAAUAAUAAAAAAAAAACCUUUGUUCUAUAAAUACAAUCACUAGUACCACUUUGCACUGGCAAAUAACCCUGUUUUAUCAACUCCAAAACCCCAAAAACUUCCCAACUUCAGUGCUUGCAACAUGUAAAAACUCUCUGAUCCAUCAAUCAAAUCUCAACAUUUACAAUUUAUUUCUCACACCCAUCUUUUUCCUUAUUUAUUUUCAUUAAUUAAAUUUAUUAUCAUAUCUUAAAACCCAUCUUUUCAAAUCUUUCAAAACGCCCAUUUUCUCUGUUUUUUUCCCCUGUUUUUUUUGAGCAAAAAACAGAGAAAUCCCCUGUUUUUUCAAAAAUGGGCAGAGCAACUCGAUGGUUUAAAUCCAUUUUAGGAAUGAAGAAGCAAAAUGACAAUGAAAAACCUGCUAAAAAUAGUAAAUAUGAAGAUGGGUUUGGGAAGAGAGAGAAAAUAGGAAUGGUGGAAAAAAGAUGGAGUUUCACAAAAACAACAACAAAAGAAAGAGUGAAAGAAAAGGAGAAUCAAUGGUAUAGAGAUUAUCAAAUUUCUGAGACUGAAAAAGAGCAAACUAAACAUGCUAUUGCUGUUGCUGCUGCUACUGCUGCUGCCGCUGAUGCCGCUGUUGCGGCGGCACAAGCGGCGGUUGCUGUGGUUAGAUUGACGAGCCAAAACAGAGGAACUCUGUUUUCUUGUGGUGGUGGAACUGAGAGAUGGGCAGCUGUUAAGAUUCAAACUCUUUUUAGAGGUUAUUUGGCCAGAAGAGCACUGAAAGCUUUAAAAGGACUAGUGAAAUUACAAGCUCAUGUUCGAGGCUAUCUUGUUCGAAAGCGAGCUGCGGCCACUCUACAUAGUAUGCAAGCUCUCAUAAGAGCUCAAGCCGGUGUGCGUUCUCAAAGGGCCAAGUUAGCUCUAAAUCGAAGUAGUAAGGUUCCCUCGGAGUUUCGAUCACGAAAAUCCAUGGAUAAUAGGUUUGAUGAAACGCGGUGUGAUCAAUUUUAUAGCAAGAGACUAUCAACGUCGUUUGAGCCGUACAAUAAUGCAUAUGAAGGGAGUCCGAAAAUCGUUGAGAUUGAUACAUAUAAGACUAAGUCAAGGUCAAGGAGGAUCAACCCUUCAAUGUAUGAUUUUAGUGGUGAAGAAAUGCAAUACCCAACAAUGUCUUCACCACUACCAUCACAUCCUUACCCGGGCCGGAUUUCCAUACCCGAAUGUAAGAAGAUCCCUCAUGACUAUGAUUGGGGAUUCUAUGGCGACGAAUGUAAGAGCUCAACGGCACAAAGUACACCCCGGUUUGCAAAUUCGAUCCGAUCCAAUGGUCCUCUUACCCCCACCAAGAGUGUGUGUGGGGAUAGCUUCUUUAGGCCUUACUCGAACUUCCCUAGCUAUAUGGCAAAUACACAAUCGUUUCGAGCCAAGUCGAGGUCUCAGAGUGCCCCAAAACAAAGGCCGGAGGGGCGGCCUAAAACUCGUCUAUCAUUGGAAGAUAUAAUGGCAGCUAGAAAUAGUGUUAGUGGUGGUAGAAUGCAGAGGUCUAGUUCUCAAGUUCAUGAUUGCUUGAACUUGUGAAACUAAAUGAGGAUCACUUUGUGUUUUGUUGAAAAUAGUGAAGCAUAGAAGUGUUUGUAGUCUUGGCUAUGUUCUUCAGUAAAAAUUUAGAAACACAGGGUGCUUGUAUAUUCUAAAGAAAAUUAACUAAUUACCCAUGAAAAUGUCUCUACUCUUUUAAUCA